AAUCAAGGACAGUGAUUUUGUUUUUUCCUCGCUCCUUUGCCACCGCCCACUGCUGAACUUGCUGACAACCUAGGCAGUUCCCCGGACUUGCUUUACUUUUCCAUUUCCUCCCACCCAGCCAACCUCCCGACCCCGACUCGCUACGCUAAUGGGACGCCGGAGGACCCAGCGAGCAUGCGCGGCCGUUCCGAGCAUGCUCAGUAGUGCUCAGGGUGUCCCCGAGCUCCACCGCGCUGCGGCCGACGCGGAGGUUUCCGCGGCUGCUGCUGCACCAACAGGAAGUGAAUCGCCUCGGUCAAGGGACGGCAGCGGCCCGGACCGAAGGGGAAGAAGCCCUUCGGCGACGACGUCGUCGACGGGGGCGGUCGAGGGGGCUGAGCGCCUAGGGGACUCGCCCGCUCGGAAACCGGAUCCCGAGCCGGGCAGGAUGGAUCAUCACCAGCCGGGGACUGGCCGCUACCAGGUGCUUCACAAUGAAGAGGAUCAUUCAGAAUCAUCUGCUAUAGAGCAACCAUUGGCUUCAAGCCCAACCCCGCAGAUGGUGCAGACGACUCCUUCAGCAGCAGGACUCGAAUCUGACUCUUGUCCUCCACCUUACAGUAGUAUUACUGUGGAAGUACCUACAACUUCAGAUACAGAAGUUUACAGUGAGUUUUAUCCUGUGCCACCUCCGUACAGCGUUGCUACCUCUCUUCCUACAUAUGAUGAGGCUGAGAAGGCCAAAGCUGCUGCAAUGGCAGCCGCCGCCGCAGAAACAGCUCAGAGAAUUCAGGAAGAAGAGUGUCCACCAAGAGAUGACUUCAGUGAUGCAGACCAGCUCAGAGUGGGUAAUGAUGGCAUUUUCAUGCUGGCAUUUUUCAUGGCAUUUAUUUUCAACUGGCUUGGAUUUUGUUUAUCCUUCUGUAUCACCAAUACCAUAGCUGGAAGGUAUGGUGCUAUCUGUGGAUUUGGCCUUUCAUUGAUCAAAUGGAUCCUUAUUGUCAGGUUUUCUGAUUAUUUUACUGGAUAUUUCAAUGGACAAUAUUGGCUUUGGUGGAUAUUUCUUGUACUUGGCCUGCUUCUUUUCUUCAGAGGAUUUGUUAAUUAUUUAAAAGUCAGAAAUAUGUCUGAAAGUAUGGCAGCUGCUCGUAGAACAAGAUACUUCUUCUUAUUAUAGAGGCUGCAUUGACCAGACAUUCCUUUCUUAUGCCAAUGUGAAAUCUCCAGAUCCUCUGUAAACUUACAACUUUAACAGAAGACUACUAAAAGCAGAAGACAAAUUGGUGAAGAGAAGAUAGAGCUUCAGAAUUGAAUGACGGAGUGGUUUAUGCUUCAAAGCCAUUUCUGUUCAUUCUCUAGAUAUUUAUAUCUCAUUUGUUUUGCAUAUUUACAUAAGUGCCCAUUUAAAAGAUUUGCAUAUACUUGAAGGAAACCAUAAAGUAGCAGUAAAGUCCAUUUGGUUAAUCAGUGUUUUAUAUCAUUGAAAGAGUUGAGUGAUAAACAGUCUUCCAGCUUGUAAAUGCCAUUGACUUCUGACCUGACAUUUAGUAUAAUAAAAAUGAAAUUAUUAACCAUGUCAGAUGCUUUAGUUUCUGGCUCUGAGAUUCAUCAAAUAACUCUCCACAUGACUCUUUUGUUAUAUAUGUUUUCUUGAAACCUGCAGUGCUGAUUAUUAGAAAGGCUUUGUCAGAUUUUUGAACCUGAUAUUUACAUCAUUAUUUAGCAAAACUUCUGUAAAUAACUGCACAUAAAUUACUUUCUGCAUUGUUUUCUUAGAAAUUGUAUCUGGAUAUCUUUUCAUUAAUUUAAAAUUAAGUGAACUUAAUAUAUAGAGACAAUUUGGGUGUUAAAGAUAGUUUGUUUUAGGACAAAUUUUAAGAAAAUGUGGGUAUUCCACACAUCCUUUAUAAGAAAUUUUUUUUUUUAAGGAAAUGCGAGUUUUAGAGAUUCUCAAAGGAGAAGUUUGGUUUUUUAGUAUUGCCCAUCAUAAAGAUUCUUGCAGAAAGAGAUUGUAUUAGGUAUUAUAUUUAUUUCAUUUAAGACAUUUCUGAAAAUUAAUUUUCUGAAUAUUUGCAUUUUUCUUUUAAAAAAAACAAAAGUAUCUUCCAAUAUCAUUGUAAUAAUUUUUUCUUUAGAUGUUUAGUUAGUUAAACUUAGCAGGUAAAAACUUGUACUAUUAAUAUAGCUCCUUUAUGAUUGUAGGAUUAACUUGUAAAAAUCAUAUGCUGACUUGAGAUGUGUGAAAUACCUGUUUUCAAGUUAGGGGAAUGUGUCUGUGGCAUAGAGUAGGGGUGUGGGUGUGUGUGUAUGUUGGGAGAGUGUGUGUAUUUGACCAUUUAUUAAAUACAACUGGAAUCUACAUAAGCUACAUUGUGCAAAUCAUUUUAUGUCUCAUCUGUUUCUUUUCAGUUAUAUCUUUGCUUUUGAAUGCCAACAUUAAAAAAUGGUGGGAAUUAUAUCUUUUAAACUUAAGAAUCAUUUAAUAUGGCUAUGUAGAACAUAUAAAAGUGAUGGCUUGUUCAUUAUUAGACACUGACUACUACUAAAAUACACAUCUAAAAUUAUGCAGGGACAUUUUUCCACUUCUGAAAAUAAAAUUUAUUAUGCUUUAUAACUUCUUUUGUAUUUAUGUGUAUUUUCUGAUUUAUUUCAUUGUCUUCGAUAAAUAAAACAUGCAAGUUUUGUUUUGCUAA